AGGACUGCUUUUUGGGCUUUGCACAGUGCCUGGCACAUGCUACCCCAAAUAAUCACAGAACUGGGGCUGGAAGCGAUCGGCUAGUCCGAAGCACUUAUUUUCUAAAUGAGGAAACUAAGGCCCAGAGAGGCUGUGACUCGCUCGAGGUCUCACAGGUGACACUUUUUAGAAAAAAAAAACCAACACCCACCCCUCCAUCGAAACGCCAGGCAUUAAUUUUGGAGCGGCUGAAUCAAGUCAGUAGCAGUAGCAGUGGCAGUGGCGGCAGCAGCAGCAGCAGCAGCAGCAGCAGCAAUGAGAACUAAAAAGAUGCAUCAGUCCAUGGGCAGCUGGCAGCUCCCAAGGUCACUUUGCUUUUUCCUUCUGGCCUCCUGGGCUGUGACCGCAGCAGCCCUUCCCCUGGAAGAUGGCCUCACCUUGAAAGGCAGCAAGCCCCUGAAGGAAGUGGCGGAAGGCAAGAGCGGCGACCUCCUCACUUUCCUCUCUUCAUUGUACGAGUGGACCUCCCGCGGCGCUGAGAUGCCUCUGGUGGGGGGCGAGGAGAUGGAGUUCUCCAAGCGAGACGGCCGGGCUCUUUCUAACCAAGCUGCGCCUCGGGAUAAGACCCCCUGCAAGAAUUUCUUCUGGAAGACUUUCUCCUCCUGCUGAGAGAAUCCCGCCUGCUCCUGCUCCUGCCCCUGUCCGUGUGCAGCUGCUCCAAGGAGCAGCUGGAAUAAAAAUGGAAUUAAUGCGGGGCAGAGACUGCCCCUGUUUGUGAAUUGUCCUCUUGUCCUGUGCCGUGUAAGAGUUUGUUUGUCCCCCCUUCCAAUAAAGCAUA